CUGAGGAACGAGUAUCAGCAAGCGUCAUCCAGCAGAGUGUGUCACGUACCCCCAUAGGAGGUCGCUCCACCUUUUCUCUGGAGUGGCAAUUGACGCUGGCGGGCGCUGGCUGCUGGCGGUUGAGCUCCGGCUGUGGCUCAGUGGAUGGGGCGCGGUUCUUUGCCAACACCUAUUGCCAAAAAGGAGGGACAAAAAAAACUAAAAUCAACCAGCUUGUGGAUGGACAAAUACAGCGGGUUCCUGGUUCUAAUGGCGACUGUUCCGGAUAAAUGCCAAUGGAGUCCCCGGGUAUUGUGGUCCUGGUGGCAGCCUCUGCGGCCAAUAGGGUCCCUUUUAGAUUCUCGUUUGUCCGUCCGUCCGUCUAGUCUUUGGGGUUUUCUGAUGUGCUGCUUUCUCAGCACCGUAAGGUCAACAAACUCAGAGAAACUUUUUGGACUACCUUAUGGACACUGGGGUAUGCGACAGCGUCUAGGUCCCUCGGUGGAGUAGCGACAGGAGUUGUGGAUAUGCCAAUUGCAGCAGCUGAAGUCUUUUAUACGUGUGGCAGUGGAGGUGGAGGAGUCUUGACUUUCGCUUUUAUUUUUAGACUUAAGUUUUUAGCUUUAAAUUUUACAUUAUAUGAUUUGAUUUCUUUUCUAUUUCUGUUCAGUGUUUUCUUCUUUAAUAAAUCUUUCUUUUUCUUUUACAGGUUUUUUUUACAGCUUUACUUUCUUUAAGCUUUCCGAGUUUUCUUUAAUUCUUUUAUUUUUCAAGUUAUUUUAAAUCAUUGUAAAAUUUUCAUAAAUAUAUAUAUAUAUAUUUAUAUAUACACAUAUA